AUGACCACAGUGCCAGAGCCACAGCCCACUGCGCGUACAGCCAGAGCCAAACUCGAUGCAGCGGCUCAACUUCCCAUUGCCGACCUCUCUCCUUCGCGAAGAGAUCCUGAUGCUCACAUUCUCGCACAGGUCGCUCUUGUAUGGCCCUACUCUAGCUCAACAGGAACACUCGCCCUGCUGUUAGCCGACCCUGACAUUCGCCGGCGGAAAUCUAAAGGCCAGGCUAAGGUCGUAUUCCACAAUGGAUGUGCAAGGGAGGUUGCAAAGACAAAAGUGGGAAUUGGGGACACCGUCAAGCUUGCAUUGGCCGGUUGUGAGUGGAAAGAGACUGGUGAUGUUGUUUCGACACCGGGCAAGAAAAUAGACUGGGAUCUGGAAUAUAACACAUGCGUCCUCCUGGAGGUGCUUCGGGGUGACCGAGACGUUACUACAGUGGAUUUUACUGGAACAGAGGCAGAUGUUCCAACUACGAAUGGGGCUUCUAUCAAUAUUGAGAGGGAAGAUCACAUCCGACCUAAGUUGAACGCUAUACUUUCAGACUCCAGUACAAUCCGCAUUCCAUACUUGACACCCAGAAAAUCGAACGGCAUCAAUCCUACGGGAACCUUCAUCGAUGCUGCCUUGGAAUCCUCAGUCGAGGACGACGGCUAUGUGCUGGGCCGCGGUAGAAAGCGUACAAAAUUCGCAAGAAACAGUGGAGCAUGGAGUUUUGUUGAUUUGGAGGCGGAAACACCGCUAGAAGAGAACAAGAACGGCGGCUUAGACGAUGGGGAUGCUGCAGAGGUCCAGCACUCCCAGAAUGACGAGGUUGCACCAGCCGCAGAACCAGCUGCCGUUGGUGAGGUGAAUCACAUCGAAGCACAGACCGCUGUCGAUGUCUCGAAAGAGGUCGUCCCCCAACCCACCACGGUUCAAGUAACCGAAGAGAACAUGAGCGGUACCUCAAGCCCAGUUCGCUCUUCCGAAUCGAUAUCUGUUUCUGGUGCGUCUCCUCCGCAGGUGAUGGGUCCACCCCAAACACCACGCCGGGUGCCUCCACUCGUUCAGCCAGCGAUGAAUAGCAUAGAUGCUUUCGACAACAACGACGGCUCCGAGGCCGCGACAACACCACGGCUGUUGCCUAUACCGUCUCCUGGUCUGCCCCUUGUUUCUCCGUUAGUUCAUCGUGCAGGAGUCGAAAUCGGCUAUUUUCCGCCGGCAUACACGAUCAUGUCACAAUUAGACGCUUCGAGUGAGAAGGAAGAGGAGCAAGUUGUCCCAGUCACGAACACCGCAGACAAUCACGAUCAUACAUCACUACAUUUCGAUGAGCCUCCGGGUGACGUAUCGGGUACGUUGGGGUCGGAGGAUGCAGUCAAAGCCCACGAGGUUACAGGUGACGCGCUUGCAGACACGACGCUGGUGUCCCGAGAUUCUCAGGAAGCGGCUGAUGAUCGGGAGAGCGCAAAGAAAGUUGUAUAUGAGGCACCCCAGUGGCUUUCGUCACUGGAAUCUAGCAUUGAUCGCGAGCUCCUUCUUUCGCAAGAUCAGCCAAUUUCUCACACUGUGUCCCGGAACCCCUCUCGAGCCAUCGAGGUCGAGGAUGAUGAUCUCUAUGGCGCUCCCGUUGAUACGCAAAGAACAAACCCUUCACUUGCGGCCUCGCCCCCAGCUGAAUACCCCAGGAGUCCGCUGGAUGUUCUUGAACGAUUUCUUCAGAUUUCUCCGACAGCCGCUGUGGGCUUUUCACCCCCUCUCAGGCUAGAUGGCUGGCAAAAUACACAAAACACGUCUAUACCGCAGGAUGCGGCGGAAGGUGUAGCUGAAGAAAUUCCGCAGGAUGGGACUGCGGUAUCAACCACCUCAAACCAAUCCCCUGGAACUUAUCCUGAAUCACAAUCACCAUUCAGGCACAAUCGGCACCAUCUGGCAAGUCCUAUCGAUUCUACCCGUCCCCAUCCGGGUCAAGCCUCACGCACGCAGUCGCUCGACGGACAUUCAGACGAGCAAGAGAGCUUCAAAGAAUACAUCGACCACCUUGCGCAAUUUUCCGCCAAUUCGCAGGCUUUAGAGCAGCCGGUGCCUGACCCUGAACCCUCUCAUGAUGAGAUGCAGAAUGAGACGCAGGUGGAAGCUGAUGUAUCCGUGACAACCAUCAUGGUUGAUGUGAAUACUCAUGUUGAAACUUUGGAACAUGUCACGGAAGAGUCCAAGCAUGUGACAGAUCACUCAGGGGCAACUAAUGUCGUUAAGGAAGAAUCUCAACAAUUAAUUUCUGCUGUAGGAGACAAGGAGACGGGCUUUGAGUCUGUUCUAUUGUCACAUGUCCACAUACACGACCCUCGUGGACAGCUACCAACACCGGACCAGUCCCAGGUGCAGCGUUCCUCGACUGAGCCGGAAACGCCGACUCCAGUUCAGGAGUCGAUCGAAGUUGGAUUCCCAUCACCCCAACAUACUCAAGAGGAGAUAGACGGGGAUUCGGAAGAACCUGUGCUCGCCAUACGAAAGGAGAAGAGUCAAGUUGUACGGGAAGAUCCACAGCCUAUAGAGGUUGUACGAAGCGAAGCGAGUCUGGCUGCGCAAGAGGAAAGAGCUGGUGCUCAGCAAGAAGACUCUUUGCAAGAACUUCAGAAGGAAUCGCCCAUCCAAGAGCCGCCUCUCGAGCAACGUACCAGGGUAAGUAGUAGCCCUGCGUUCACGACGCCUAUUCCCACAUCGCAUCAAGAUACUGCCACACCUCGUCGAAGCUCUCAACGAUUAUCAGCAAGAAAGUCCAUCAUGGCAGAGAUCUCAUCUAGCCCGUAUGUUAAGCCUGGCAAGUCCACCAAACAAUCUGUAUCAUCACCACCCAGAAAGGAGAACAUCAAUCCCGCUGAAGCCGACGGCGCUCUCCUUCCAUCAACAAAGCUUGGCCAGGUUGAAGCACCUCUUCUAUCAGUUGGACUUCAAGAGGCCAAAAAGGCUACCCAUGAUAUGAAGUCUGUGUCCAGGCCUCUCAGGACAAAUGGUUUGGUCUACAGCGAAGAUUCAGGCAUUACCACCCCAUUUUCUUACUUCACCCCCUUACGCUCGUUGAAUGAACAAUUUGGUCAACUAGUCGAUGUUAUUGCGGUAUGUGCAGACUCUUCGUCAGAACCCGAACAAUCGAAAGCAGGACGGAAGGACUAUCACACUAUCCUGCAACUCUCGGAUCCUUCGCUUCCCUCUGAGACACCCUCGGUCAUAUCUGCUCAAGUCUUUCGACCUGUUCGGACAGCGCUUCCCACGGUCCACUCCGGCGAUGUUGUCAUUUUGAGGAACUUCAAGGUUCAGACUUUUCACAGACAAUUCAGACUUGUGAGUAAUGACACAUCUUCGUGGGCAGUGUUUGGAGCCAGGUACGACUCGGCAAUGGCUUGGCCAGAGGUAGUUGUCUCUGGCCCUCCUCUCGAGUACGGAGACAGUGAGACAAGCCGAGUCAAGCUAUUGUUUGACUGGUGGAAUGAGAGUGGAAAGGAAUUGUUCGGUAUCGAGCCUACGAUAACAGGACAAGCAAAGCAUCAAGAGGUCAAAAACAGCUCUUCCAACCCUCGCAGUCCACUUAGGGCCCGAGAUCUACCCCCACCCAGUCGUAAAGUCCCCCCAUCAACCCGACGUCGAAACGCCAAUCCGAGCGACAUUUUCUCCGAAGGACGCGAGGUUCUCGAAGCUCCAGGGUCCUCGACCGUAGGAACUGAAGCGCGCGAUCACAACAAGAUUGACAAUAGCACAGACAAGAACGAGGUCUCCCCGGAACAAGUGAGCACAACUGACAGCCUUCACCAUGACAGCGAAACCAUCAGUGCCCCUGUAAAGCCAUUGAAUCGUCGAAGGGCCAAUGAGACGGACAAUCUGGGAAACGAGGGAGAUGGGGAUGUGACCAUGGUUGGGGAUGACUGGGAUCAGAGUAUUCCUCUUGCUGACAAAACCAACCGACGCAGAGGAUCGACCAUUUCCACCGCACCUUCAGAGCCCGGAACAUCGUUCACUCCACGGCGAAGUGCAAGACUCAGGAAGUCACCCAGCCUCGUGCAUGAAUUGAGAGACGGAACGAAGUAUGUGGAUGACAACCGAAGGAGGAGCGCCAGUGUUGUGCACGAGUUGAGGGACGGGGCAAAGUAUGUGGAUGAAUAG